AAAAAUCUCAAACUCUUCAACUAGCACUAGUAAAAUGCUCAUGAAUUCAAUUGUUCUCAAUAAUAACAUGAUGAUGAUGAGAAUGAAUACUCAAUCGAAUCAGGUUUAUCAAUUUCCUUCUCAUUUUCAACAACAGGAAAUGGAGCAGUCGAACAAUUACUUUACCAGUUUGCUCUUAUCAAAUGAAAGCAAAACAAGCCUUGAUGAAGUUCAAAUCAAUUCACCUCUUUUCUUAAAGUUGGAUAUUGAUGACUUGUUGCUCACCUUGCAAGAAAUGAAUCUUGUCAACAACCAUACUCAACAAGAGGAACAACAUUUGCCAACAACUCCUUCUUCAAAUCUUAACACUUCCACUGAUAUGUAAUUUUACUCUCAAACUCCUUGAUAACAAUCCAAACAAUUCAUCAUCAACAACCAAUAGAUUACAUUAACAAGAUCGUGAUAUCAAAGAAAAACCAAACUAACUGUUUGUCAAUUAAUUGAUUCACACAACUGCUUUGAUUGACAAACACACAACAAACAGGCAAAAACACUCUGGGUAUUAUGCUGUAUGAACUCUUUAAAAUAUUUGAGGUGACUAGAACCAUUCUAAAAUAUCUCAAAAUCAUGGUCCUUUUAAGUUAGUUUCCGUUUGUGAACAUUAAAUAAUAAAAAUGUAAUAAAAAA